AUGCUGGACAGUGGAGACGAUGACGAUAGCGUUGUCUCACGACCUUCAACAUCGCAGCAAGGUAAAUCAGUUUCAAGAUCUGGUGGACAGGACGUAUUUCGAGGGGAACGAGAUUCGCCGUACGGGUCCAAUAGCGGAGAUAUGCCGAGAUAUCAAAGGCAACAAUUGCCACAGGCACCUGAACGAUUUAAGCCAUCGCUGCCUAUUGCCAACGAUCCUGUCCAAACAAGCGCAGGAAAAAACCCUCAGAGGUUCUGUGCACGUACAUACCAGAUGCACGUUGAAACACCCGCGUUUAGGGCGAAAGGAACGAAGUAUACCUGCCAUAUUUGCUCGGCUAUGAGAGCUCCACAUGAAAUCCGAUAUUCAUCACGUAAAAUGCAUCAGAAUAUUGUGCUGCUGACUUGUAUGAAAGCUCUCAAAAUUAUAAGCUCGAUUUCGGCUAGAUGUAUGUACAAGGAUAUCCUGCGCAAUAGGAAGCGUAUAUGCCAUGAACAUUAUGUGGAAGCGGCAAGCUUCAUUGCGAAAUAUGUGCAGAAUAUGUGGCAACAGUUUCCUUAUGAAGGAAUUGGUACUAUGCCGCGCAACAUGAAAGAGAAUCUUCUCACAUACAUUCAAGUUCAUGAAGAUAUCGAUACAGAUGUCUCUCUGAGUUUCAAUGACAUUGCGCAGUUUUUCCACGAUUGCUUGUCAAAAUAUCGUGAGGAAGAAACCGGCAUUUGGAGCGUUGAUGAGUUUUACCGGAAGAAUGCAGCAAAAGAAGGCAUGAUGAGAAUGCUAAAGAUCGUGAGUUGCAGUCUGCUUCCCCUCAAGUUUUGUGUUGAUUUUCGGAGAAGGCAUAGAAAUUAGUC